CAGAGACGGCCACGCGGUUGCAGGAGUAAGAGAUCCCCUUGUGGCGAAUUGGCCAACGGCUCCUUUCAACCCUGCCUCGUUGGUGGCCACUGGAGAAGCGCGGGGGGCUCCCCAGACAGCCGUGGGGACAAAUUAGAGCCAGCACUUGACCCCGGGCCUCGCGUGUAGCUUCCCUUCCCCUGCUCUAGGUGCCCCGGUGUCUGGAGGGGGGUGCGGGGGUGUGCCCUUCGGUACACGUCCCAGCACCCGGGCAACCCUCUGGGCUUGUGUUCCAUCUCGCUCUUGCUUCCUGCACGGUGGUCGAGGGGAACCAGUUGGCAUCAUGUCCCGGUAUAGCUACCAAAGUCUCCUGGACUGGCUCUAUGGGGGCGUGGACCCCAGCUUUGCAGGCAAUGGGGGCCCCGACUGUGCUGCCUUCCUCUCUUGGCAGCAGCGGCUGCUGGAAAGUGUGGUGGUCCUGACCCUGGCCCUGUUGGAGAUCCUGGUGGCCCUGCGGCACAUCCUGAGGCAGACGAAGGAGGACGGUAGGGGUGGCCGUGGCUGCCAGCCAGAGCAGGUGACCCAGCGGCCAGAGGAAGGCAAGGAGAGCCUGAGCAAGAAUCUGCUCUUAGUAGCCCUGUGCCUGACCUUCGGGGUGGAGGUGGGCUUUAAGUUCGCCACCAAGACCGUCAUCUACCUGCUCAACCCCUGUCACCUGGUCACCAUGAUGCAUAUCUUUCUCUUGGCCUGCCCUCCGUGUCCUGGAGCUAUCGUUGUAUUCAAGCUCCAGAUGCACAUGUUGAAUGGAGCACUUCUGGCCCUGCUGUUUCCUGUGGUAAAUACCCGGCUGCUCCCCUUUGAAUUGGAGAUUUACUACAUUCAGCAUGUUAUGCUCUACGUGGUGCCCAUCUACCUGCUUUGGAAAGGAGGUGCUUACACCCCAGAGCCCCUCAGCAGUUUCCGGUGGGCCCUUCUCUCAACUGGCCUCAUGUUCUUUUACCACUUCAGCGUGUUGCAGAUCCUGGGCCUGGUCACCGAAGUGAAUUUGAACAACAUGCUGUGUCCGGCCAUCUCAGACCCAUUCUACGGCCCCUGGUAUCGCAUCUGGGCCUCGGGACACCAGACUCUCAUGACCAUGACCCACGGGAAGCUGGUCAUCCUGUUCUCAUACAUGGCUGGGCCCUUGUGUAAAUAUCUGCUGGAUUUGCUCCGGCUUCCAGCCAAGAAAAUAGACUGAAGGUGCUUGUCUUUUUUUUUUUUUUUUUUUUCUCCCCGAGGAAGCAAGUCCUGACUUGACUUGGAGAACACCCAGUUCUUGAUGAAAUCAUGGGGAGAGGGCAGUAGGAUGUCUGGUGUAUUUCUCUUUCCCUCCUCUCUGUCCCUUUCUUCCACACUGUUCCCUCCCCAGCUCUUCCACCCAGGACAUCUCCUGGGGCCUGAGGCGUCAUGCUGAGGGUGGGAUCCUUUCCCCUCCUCUUUGACUCCUUCUCCCUGCUCCUAGUGGCCUUACGUGGGUGAUGGUAGUCAGUGGCUUUCACUCUGCUUGUUGGUGCUUUCAUGACAGCUGGUUGAGGGGGAUGGGGACCAACAAGCAGUAGUUCUUUUGUUGGCCUUGAGGUGAUGAGAUUGAGUUAGGUUUCAUUUCUCCACUGCCAGGGACCUCCAGGCUUACGCCUGGGUCCCCUCUUGUCUCCAGCACAGCCCCCACCAUGGUGGGACUGAGGCCUUGUUUCUAUACCAGUGGCAUGCCGAGAGCCGAGGGAUUUCCCCACUCAUGGCCAAAAUAGAACCUGCCAGAGUCUUCCCAUUGGUGUCCCACGACUCAAAGCGAGCAGCCAACUAGCCACUCCCUCCAAGCUGCUUCCCUGUGGUGGGAGGUGGAGGCACUACUCAGCCCUAAGGCUAGAUUCUAUUGAGGGUGGAGAGCUGUUGCAGUGGCAGAAUCCAAAGUGAGUAAGUGUUUAAAGUGUCCACAGCUCCUACUAGGCAGGACCCUGGGUCAAUCUUGCCUGAGAGAGCUGAGAAGUGACCCAUAUCCCAGUGAGAAGUCAUCAUAGAAAUUAAUUAAUGGAAGUGGUAACUUGAGAAAACUGUGAUUUGAAUCAUAUGCUCCAUUUUAGUUGAAUGUUGAUAACAGAUGCCAUUUUAAUCUUGAGUGCCCCUUACAUGUUUCUCUCUCUCUCUCUCUCUCUCUCUUUUUAAAAGGCAGCUUCAGGGAAGGGUGAGCUAGAGUUGGUGGGGGUUUUGUUUUGUUUUUUGUUUUUUGUUUUUGUUUUUGCUUUUGCUUUUUGCUGCUUUUAAUUUGUUUGCUCCUUUGUUUUUGGAUGUUGGAGUUCAGAGAGUCCUUGCAUUGGGGCCUGUCUCUGCAGGGGCCCCUGUCAAUCCAUUUUGUGAUUUUUACAGGCUGUGUCAGCAUCCAGGGUUUGGAAAGAUCCAGAUCCUGCCAGUGUUGUUUUCCUAGGCCAGACCAGAUUCACUGCUGAAUUGUUCAGCUUCAGGCGGACAUCGCACACUUCCCCCCCUCCCCAUGCGGCCCACCCUCAAAGUCCGUGUCUAGGUUGAAAAGGAGGUACCAAGAAAUCAGAUCUCCACGGGUGCAGGUUCAAAUGCUUCAGAAGGAACACCUUCUCUUGAAAGACUCGAACUCAGUCACACAUGGACUUGAAGGAGGGAGCCAGUGGCUGGGCAUUUGCUGACUCCUUGUGGGCUCCAACUAAGAACAAGUUUGCUUCAGAACAGAAAAGCUGGUUCGGUGACUCCUUCUGAUGGCCCCUGCUCCCCUCUCCCAUUGUAGGCAACUCAGGGGCUUUGUGCUGGAGUCCCGUAUUUCGGGUGUUACAUAUUAGACCUAGAUUGAGUGUCAGUGUCUCAGUGGUUGAUUUUAGCAAUCAGACGUACAGAAGGCAGCAGGGUGCAGGAGAGUCACUGAGCAUGGUGAGGCCUGGGAAGCCACCCCUGGGAGGGACUGCCUUUCUCCAGAGGCCUUGCGGCCUUGAGGCCAUCAGUGCUCAUGGUGUGGGGGAGCUGUAGAGAGCACACCUAGUACUCUCUUUCCCUUUGAGCUUCUCAUGACGUACAACCUUCAUUUUCUGCCGUCUUUGAGGGCCCGGCCAAGUUUUUCUUAGUGACUCUCAUCCUGGGGUUGUCCUCCAGAACGGGGCCCCUCUGGAGCAGCUAGACUCACCCUACCCACCAUCAAACCACUGCAUGUAGGGAUGGCUGAUGGGGAAAUGUGCGAGGCCUCGGUGCCCCUUGGCUCAUCACAAAAGGAAAGGUUGGAAGGAGGGCACGGGAAGAGCCCCUGGAGGCGUGUACUGUCCCCUAUCAGAACAUGGAAUUUCUGCAGGCAGAUGGUUUGUGCUGCAGCUGGGGGCCCGCAGCCUGGGUGUGGUAGACACUCCACUUUGAAAUGCCACAGUGGCACAGUGACUCUACACACCCUCUCUUCCUCUCUGUCCCUGUGGCAUGGCUCAGGUUGCCCGUCAGCCCAGGCUUCCCUGAAUUGGCACACCUUUGCCCUGGCUACAGCUCAGUGCCCCAUUCUGGCUGAUAUUCUGCUGCUGGGAAGGAAAGAAGACGGUGACAUCCUAGAGGCAGCCACAUGUGUCAGGGGAAGGGGGUGGGUGGAGGGUAGAUGCAGGGCAUCUGGGGGCCAGGUCAGCUCAGAAAAACGUAGGCAGAAAGAACGGAGAGUGAGCCCUGUCCAUAGGCUGUGCGGGGCAUCGUGGCUUGUGUUGGAGGUGUUGGGGUAUGGCAGGUACCUGAUGUGGUCUAUAGCUCACUCUUAGUUUGGGCCCAGCCCCUGGUGAGAGGUGACCUGGGCACCCCUAUGGCAGCCUGCCUUGAAAGGUGGCCCCCGUGCCAGUGGGCCUGGGCUUCCCAGCUGCUGCCUAGGGCUUUCCUGGCAGGUGCCAAGGAGGUUCCCCAGCCACCUUGGCCAAGUUUCCAUAUACCGUUUGCCAGCGUGUGGGAGCUUACUGUGCGUGUGUGUGUGUAUCCGAGAGUGUUCGUAGAAGUGGACAGUUUCUUCUCAAACAGCCCUCGGGAAGGGAAAGGAGGGCUUUCCCAGCCCCCAGGUAGCCUUGGCCAAGGAUCUGGGCCAGUGAGAGCAGUCUGCUCAGGUGGCCAACUUUGUGGCAUCAGCUCAGAAUAGCGGAGAUGGUCACGCCUGCUUGCAGCCCCCUCCCUCUUCCGGAGUUUGGUUCUGUACACCGAAGAUGGUCUUCUUCCCGGAGGCCUGGGGAUGCAUUCCUCUGUCUUCUUGCAUGGUGGUCUGGGGUUCAGUGGGAUGGUCGGCUUACAUUGCCGUCUGGUACCUCCAGGCUAGCUACCAGGUCACCCCUUUUUGCUGCAGCCUCUGUCGGGGGUUUGCCAUUUGUGCUCGUGUUGCGUGAAGUGCGCACAGCUCCCCACCGGCAGAAGUUGUUGGUCUGUCUCUGCGCACCGGGGCUGGGGCCCAGCGGGGCCCCGGGGCUGAGCUCAGGGGUACCCGAAAGCCCGUGAUCUCCCCCCUCCCUCUGCCGGAAGGACUUCCCUGGAUUUGUAGGCAUUGAUCCAGAGUCAUCUGUCCUGCCUGGGAGAUUGAGGGGACAUGGGGGAGGAAUGGCAGCGCAGGACAGGAUGCUGGUGCUGCUUUCUGUCAGUCAGGUCUUCCCACUGCACACCCUGCCCUGCCCUCUCCCAGGGGCUUAGAGUCCACAAGAGGGGGUGAGCCGCCUUCUUCUGUAUAUAGAGUGAGCCGAUACUGUGCGUAGGAAAACCUAGUGGCUUGUUGUUGCUCUCGUCUGUGACAUUUUUGUACACUGGUUUGCUACUCCUGGCACGAAACAAACACAAAACAAAGGCGUUUCAAGCAACGCUGUCGUUUCGGAAACUGGCUUUCCUUUGGUGUGCGUUUUGUAUCCUAUUCUAAAGAAUUCUUCAUUUAUCUUGGUGGUGUUGUGGUGGAGAGAAUAAGAGUCUCAUUUUUGCCAGGAAAUCAGCAAAUGCCUGUCCCCGCCCCUGCCCCCAUCCUUCCCCAUUUGCUGUGCACUGGGCAGACCCCUCCCUGUCGCAUCCCAUCCCCCACUCCGCCGGCGGCUCCUUUUAGAACCAGUCUUCGUGAGCCCCCUAGACAGCGGCAGGGGGGAGUGUCCUUGCCAAGCUGGUUCUUGGGUGGCCCUGUGCCCCCACCAGUUUGCUCACCUCCCUGGGGCAUCUUGUCAUGUGUUUUCCUCGGUUUUGUAAACCCUUUUGAUUGUGCCGAAAUGGUUUCUGCAGUCACCUUUGGAAAUAAGCAGUCAUUCAUUUGUGUACUUAGCAUUCUGAACUUUCAGUCUUAGCUGUUGCUAUUGUUGAAGAUCCCUGAACGAAAAGGAACCUUCACCAUGGGACUUUACUGUUACAAUGUUUUCUUCAUUUACUCUUAUUAAAAGAUUGAUGAGAA